AUGGAAAAGUUGCAUGUUUUUUCCGUUAUUUUUUCAGUUGUGUUAUGGAGUUCAUUAUUUCAUGGUAGUUUAGCCGUAAAUGCUGGAUGUCCACAAAUUGGAUUCAAACAAUUCUCGGGAUAUGUUGAAGUUAGGCCUAAAGCUCAUAUGUUUUGGUUGCUUUACAAAAAUUGCGCUCACAGUUCAACAAAGUCGUUACCUACCAUUCUCUGCCUAGCGGGUGGACCUGGUCUAUCUUCAGUCGGGUUUAGCAAUUUUGGAGAAGUUGGACCAAUGGAUAUAUAUUUGAAUCCUAGAAAUCAAACAUGGCUGAAAAAAGCACACCUACUGUUUGUGGAUAGUCCAGUUGGUACAGGUUAUAGUUAUGUGGAAGAUCCAACAUUGUUGGUCAAAACAGAUGAGGCUGCUACAGAUGAUUUACUCAAAUUGCUGAUUAAUGUUUUUGAAAGACUCAAGGAUUUACAGAAAACCGAGCUUUAUAUUCAAGGGGAGUCUUAUGGAGGAAAAUUAGCUGUUACUUUGGGUUUAUCAGCACUCGAUGCUAUCAAGGAUGGAGAAUUAAAGGUCAAUCGUCUCGGAGGAGUUAUAAUGGGGUCUGCCUGGAUAUCACCAGGAGUUCAAGUGCUUUCAUGGGGUCCUGUAUUAAGAGAUGUCUCUAGGCUGGAUAACAAUGGUCUACAUAAGGCACAAAGGUUAGCGAUUAAAAUAAACGAACAAAUUGCUGCUGGCAAACUUGUGGAGGCAUAUGAUUCUUACAAUGAUCUCAAGGAUCGUGUUAUCAUUGACAAUAGUAAUGGAGUGGUUGAUAAACUGCUGGCAACUGGAGUUAGUGUCUCUAUAUAUGCUCCUCAAUUGGACGUUCUUUCAUCACCAAGGGGAACUGAGGCAUGGCUUGUACAGCUCAAGUGGCCUGGGCUUAAACCAUUCUUAAGGACGGAAAGAAGUACAAUAUAUUGUGAUGAGGAUCUUAAUAAAAGGACUGGGGGCUUCGUUAAAUCCUACAUGAAUUUGAAUUUCUAUUGGAUUCUUGAUGCUGGUCACUUUGUACCUAUGGAUCAGCCGUGUAUAACUCUAAACAUGAUAGCCAACAUAAUUCAGUCAUCUCAUGCUCCUUAA